AUGAUUUCCGAAUCUUUCAUAGCGGCGACGCUGUCAUCCGCUAAAACUCCGACCGCCACUCUCCGCGAUGUCGGCAUUUGCGUGCAUGAAUUCCAGCCUGCGCCCCAGCUACGAUCCACUUUCAAGAAGAGCUCGACUACACCCAAUUGCUUGGCCGUGAGCCCGUCGCACAUUUUCUCCGCGCAAGCUGAUAAAGCAGUUGUCCAUGUAUACAGUCGGGAGAAGGGAAACCAAGAGGCCUUGGUGCCAUUCCCUGAGCGGAUCCGCAGCAUUGCUGUUGUCGGAGCCAAGCAUGGUGAUGUCCUAGUCCUCGGUACGGAGGGAGGGCGAUUGAUUAUCUGGGAGACAUGCACAGGACGUCAAGUCGCUACCACAGCCUCUCACCUGCAGCCGGUCACUUCGCUCGUCGUCGACCCCACCUCCAACUUCAUUCUGUCCGGCUCCGCUGAUGCUAGCAUACACGUCUGGUCUCUGCCCGGCAUCCUAUCUUUCUCUAAGCCCGCAGAAAACCAAAACCGACAGCCUCCAAACUCACCCAUUCGCACCUUCUCUAACCAUCGUGCCGCCAUCACAUCUGUGGCUGUCGGACAUAGCAAUGGACGGAACAACAUUGCCGUUUCGACCGCGAAGGAUAAUACAGCUAUCGCAUGGGAUUAUAGCACUGGACAAGUUCUGCGAACAUACUUGCUUCCUUCCUCUGCGACCUGUCUAGCAUUGGAUCCGGUGGAUCGUGCUGGUUACGUUGGAUACGAAGACGGUAGCGUGCAAUCCAUCGACUUUUACCGCAGUGGCUCAGUACAACACACCCUCCACGACUCAUCACUACAAUCGACCCCUGCUCAGGUGUCCGCUGAAGACCGAUGGCUUCCUCCAUCUGCCGAGUCCGGCGCUACCCGAGCACUUAUGCUCUCAUAUGACGGUGCUACGCUAUUGUCUGCACACGAUAGCGGCAAGGUACUGUCAUGGAAUAUCGCACGCCGUAAAUUCGCAACUACUGUUGCUGAUAUGACACACCCUGUGACCAAUCUGGUUUCCCUGCCACUCAGUGGCCUGUCAAACCCUUCGCAGGAACCAACCCGCGCUAUUCACACUAUUGUUAAGCCUCGCCACGACGGUGCUCUCUCGGACCCUUCUCAUGCUCCUGGUGCUGUACCAGCGGCAUACAACUUCCAAACACACCUCACCGCUCCUUCACGUCUCCGAGCUCGUCAAGCAACUCAAUUCUCUCAGGCGCUCACCCACGCAGCCUUCCCUACUUCCAUGAUUGAGGAGGGGCUCGCUGAAUUGGCUGCUCUCCGACAGCCCGGAUCUGAAGUUUCGCGUGUUGUACCUACCGCUUCGGUGGUUCAAAGUACCUCGGUUGACAUUGCCGCUCAAGACGAUCGCGUUGAUGAACUGGAGGCUGAAAUCGCUUUACUGAAGAAAAAAGACGUAGUCAAUGACAAGACUCGACACACUACUGCAGAUGAAGUUGUCAAGUUGCGUUCAGAUCUUGCUCAUUUACAAGAUUAUAUCAACGAGAUGCAUGAGAAGCAGGAGGCAGCCCAGCGUGACAAAGUACAGCGCCAAGCAAAGAAGGAGGCUCGUGAAACUAAGAGACGGGAAGCCUGGUUUGCCGCCGAGGGUAAAGGACGCAAUGGUGAUGCUGUGAUAAAGAAGAUGGAAGUUGAUGAUGGCAUGCUUACCAGCGAGACGGAUGACCAGAGCGAUGAGUAA